CUUCCUCAAUAAAUACCUGAAGCAAGCAAGAGAAAUCCACACUUGAGCCGAUCUGCCCGCCGCUGCAGACCUGAGCUCUACCUCUGCUUAUUCAGAGUCCUGAAUCGCUGCGUUGCUGCUUAAGACACCAGGAUGCAGUGCGUUGCGGUCUUUCCAAAGGUGGCGUGGAUUCUUCUCGCCUUGUGUUCGUGCAGUGUCAACAAUGUUUCCGGCGCUGAAGGAAAAACUCGACAAGAACUAGUCUGCAUGCAGACGAUGGCCUGCCACGAACUCAACGGCAACUGCACCGACAGCUGCGUCACUGGCCUGAUUCCCCUCGACGACCGCUGCCAGGGCGGCUGCGUCUGCUGCGUCGAGCGUCAGUGUCAGAAUACGGUCAACUGCGCAUUCAUGGGAGGCCAUUGUGACUCGACCUGUGAAGACGAUGACUUCGAUUACCCUGAACUUUGUCUCUCCGGAAACUGUUCCUGCUGCGUGAAAAAGGAGUGCACGCAAAGUAAAUGCUGCAGCUUUUCUGGAGGGAGAUGCGACCGGGAUUGCAACGAUGGAGAAGUUGCAGAAGAAGAUCUUUGUGUGGGAGACUGUGUUUGCUGCUUCCAAGACACGUGCCCGGACAGCCCCAAGUGCCAGGCGCUGGACGGGCGUUGCGUGGAGAGCUGCGAGGCUGACGAGCUGGCCGUCCCGUGGCUCUGCGGAGGCGAAAACUGCACCUGCUGCGUCCAGAACAACUGCAACCAGACCAAGUGCUGCGAAGCCUUCGGCGGAAGCUGCGGCAAGGUGUGUUACGAGGGCGAGGCGCCCAUCGAGGGCGUGUGCGAAGGAACGUGCCAGUGCUGCGUCAAGGCCCCGUGUGAGCAGAGCAACUGAAGCACCGUGCUGGGC